AUGAAAUUUCGAUUCAAAGAAGAAACGCCAGCUGAACAACGUCGUCAAGAAGCCGAAAAAAUUCGGGCAAAAUAUCCAGAACGUAUACCGGUGGUCGUUGAACGUGUUCCUAAGUCACAAAUACCUGAAAUAGACAAACGAAAAUUUUUGGUACCAAAUGACAUAACAAUGGCUCAGUUUAUGUGGAUAAUACGAAAACGUAUACAACUAGCACCAGAAAAAGCAAUAUUUUUAUUUGUCGAUAAAACAAUUCCGCAGUCCAGUUCGACAAUGGGUCAAAUAUAUGCCGAUCACAAAGAUGAAGACGGAUUUUUAUACAUUGCAUAUGGUGGAGAGAAUACGUUUGGUGGCGAAUUGAAAGUUGGUGUUUGA